AUGGAAACGGCGCUCGAGGAUGCGAAAUCGAUGAUCGAGUACGCGCGCGCGCGAUGGCGCGUCGGCGCGCGAGGCGACGCGCGGGGGGUGCUGGAACACGCGAGCGUGGCGCUGAGGCGACGAGGCGAGGAACCGGCGACGUCGAGCGCGAUCGCGCGCGCGCGCACGGCGUGGGCGCACCUGGCGCGGGAGCGAGGCGAGCGCGGGACGGCGCGAGACGCGGCGCGAGACGCGCGAGACGCGGCGCGCGAGAGCGGAGCGCCGGAGGACGGCGCUUCGGCGGACGCGAUGUGGACGCUCCUGGAGGCGCGGGAGGAAGCGAAGGAGGCGACGUGGGCGGACGUGGUCGAGGGCGCGCGGCGCGGCGCGGGAGGGGGAGCGGGAGGGCGGUGCGCGGCGGCGGGCGCGGAGACGCUGGCGGCGCUGACGCGAAGACGCGCGAGGGACGCGUUGGAGGCGGCGGAGACGUGCGAGAUCGCGCUCAGGGGGAUGUCGUCGGAGGAGUUGCGAGAGGCGAAGGACGCACCGCACGGGUGGGCGAUCGCGAGCGCGAUGAAGGCGCUGGGACACGUCGAGAGGUUGACGCCGAGCGGGUCGAGCGAACGCGCGUUGGAACUGUACGAACGCGCCGCCGAGUACGCCAAGGACGUGGCGCUGAGCGAGCACCCGGGGGCGAUGGCGUCGAGGAUGAUCGCUGAGGAUUUGCAAGCGGAUUGCGCGUUGGCGCGCGCGCAGGCGUACGCGGCGCUCGGGGACGUGGAGAACGCCGAGACGUUCGCCGCGCGAGCGGUGAGCGCCGCGGAGGCGUUGGGCGACGAAAAGCAUCCGCGCGUCGGAGCGGCGAUCGCGGUGAGCGGGGACGUGUACGUGGCCAAAGCGCUCAGAUCGAUGUCGAACGAUGAGAAGACGUCUUUGGGCGACGGCGCGGGCGUGAUGUUUGCCGAGGGGUUGUACAAGAGCGCCAUAAAAUUGAUGCAUUACCCGCACGUCGUCGAGGAUGGGAAAAUCGUCCUCGAUUACGAGGCGAGGCACUUGUGCGCGCUGUUGCACGCGCGCUACUCGAGCAUUUUGCGCGCGUCUGGCGGUCAGCGCGAGCGUGAAGCCAACGCGUGGCUCGAAAGCGCAAAGAUUUUGUGGCCAGAUGAGCGCGGCGACGAUGAAGGCGUCGACGGCGUCGACAUCGUGACCAAGGCGGCGACGAAGCUCGGCGUGAAGCACGGACCGUCGGUGUUGAUCGAUUUACAGCAAAUGGCGCCUCUCACCAUGGGCGCGUGA